UUGUCCUGUCAAAUCGAAUCCCUCGGCGGCGGGGUUUACGGUUCGACGGGAGCAUCAGGGGCGGAAGGAGGGGAGCGACGCGAGGGGGGAAAGCGCGGGCGAAGACCUGGCAGAAAAGCGCAACUCGAUAAACAGGACAUGAAGGCUAAACUGGAGCGCAGCAGACAAUCAGCGCGGGAAUGCCGUGCUCGGAAGAAACUCCGGUAUCAGUACCUCGAGGAGCUGGUGGCCGACAGGGAGCGCGCCGUCAUCACGCUUAGGAAGGAGCUCGAUAAAUACUACAAAUGGAACCUCGAGCUAGACCAGGGCCGAAUGCCAGAAGGUCUGGAGGCAAUGAUUAAGGAGUUGGGUAGCGUGAAGCAGGAGGAAAUAAAGCAGUUUUAA